AUGAGGAAGUCAUUGGUAGGGUUGCUGGCGGUAGCCAUGGUGGUGGUGGCUGCCGUGCAGGCAGACGACGAUGUCCCGUUUACUGACGAGGAUCUGGAGUCGGAGGAGAGCAUGUGGAAGCUGUAUGAGAGAUGGUACGGCGUGUAUCACGGCUCGUCGUCGUCAGAUGGCCUCGCCGAUAUGGUUAGCAGGUUCGAGGUGUUCAAGGAGAACGCCAGAUACGUGAACGAGGCUAACAAGAAAAAGGGGAUGACCUACAAGUUAGGCCUAAACAAGUUCUCCGACAUGACCAUGGAGGAAUUCACGGCUAAGUACACCGGCGGUAGGCCCGGACCGGUCGCCGGUGCGAAGACCUGGACCACCUGCACGGCUUCCGAGCGGCCGGCAGCAGCCAACGACUGGUGUGUGCCGUCGUCAUGGGACUGGAGAGAACAUGGAGUUGUCACUCAUGUCAAGGACCAACGAAAUUGCGGGAGCUGCUGGGCGUUCGGCGCGGUCGGGGCGGUAGAGAGCAUCAACGCCAUCCGGACAGGAAAGCUCCUGAAUCUGUCGGAGCAGCAAGUUUUGGAUUGCUCCGGCGGCGGCAACUGCAGCGGGGGCUACCCGUACACUGCACUCCAGUACGCCAGGGACACCGGGAUAACUACAGACGCCAACUACCCGUACACGGCGCGGAAGCAGCCGUGCACCUUUGACCCUGUACGUACUAUAUAUGCGCGUGUUUUCGGAGUUAAUUCAUGA